AUGUUUGUACAGUAUAGACGAAAGAUUUAUUGUCUUUCUUGUUUGAUUUUUUUCUCAUUCACUGUGUUGGUGUCAGCGUAUUGGGAGUUUGCUGAAAAUGAUGUGGCUCAAGUUCAACCUACCUGGAGUUGGUGUAUUAGAAAUAUGGGUCGUUACGCUUUUCCCGUGAAUUCUACAUAUUUUAAAUGGUUGGAGAAUCCGUGUUGCUUCGUUGAUAUGGAUGUCAAACGUAUUCAACAGGACGUUCUUUUCCGUGAAAGACAGAAUUGUUUUGUAUUUAUUGGUGAUAGUGUUGCAUAUCGAAAUUUUGGAUUUGUUGUUAAUUCAUUUCUUCCUUUUGGGCAUAUUAACGGAUACGAGAGAAUUAGAAAUGUUCCGGAUCACAUUAAUAUUUCUGGUCCCAUUUCAGAAUUUAAGUUGAUGUCUUUAAAUAUCAGCAGCGAUUCACAUGUUGAAACAUUUGUUAAUUCUCGUGAUUCUAAUAUUUCAAAGGUAAGAUAUACUAGUGUGCAUUAUUAUAAAAAUCGCUAUAUAAGUCUAUUAUCACCUUUGAUUGAGAGUAUAAUUAAUCAGACCGAUGAUGGGAUUGUUUUGAUUUAUGUGGGCACAUGGGACUUAAAUUGGCAAAUAAAUAAUAGGGAAAGGGUACCAAAUUUAGGUGGACCUUCACGUCAUUUUCCUACUGCUAUUAAGUACUGGACGAAAUAUGUUCGUGUGCUAAUGGAAGCCAUUCAACGUGCUCUUAAACGGAAACCGUUAAAUCGUCGUCCUAUAAUUAUGAUUCUGGAACAGUUUUCUCUUUAUUGUCGUGCGAGCCGAUUUGUUGGAAGAUCGAAUAUGUUCAAAAGAUGCAGUGAUUUUACACAACCCAUAGUUGUUCCAUUAUAUCGUCGUGUAGUUGCCGCCAUGGCAUGGCAUAUGAACAUUCCAGUUAUUCCUAGCGAACAUUACUUCAAAGAUAACUAUAAGUAUUGUAAAAUUUCUGACGGUGUUCACUUAGAUGAGGAGUGUAUGAUGACAGUGCAACAACAUAUUUGGAAUGCUUAUUUGCUUUUUCGUAGAAACCGUGUGGUACAGGGUUUAUUACCAGCGUUUCGGGAAUUACCUGAUCCAAUGACUUUUGUUAGUGCCGAGACGUACGCAGAGUGGCGUCAUCAUUUAGACGAUGUCGAGAGUGGUAAUACUGAAAAUAACGAAUUGCUACAGGUGGAAAUGGGUACUGCAUUUAUUGCCUUACUUUGGUUCUUUGCGCUUAUGUUUAUUUUGGGAAUACUUCUUUCAAGCAAAUGUAACAGGUCUUCUAUGAGACGUGAGGAAUCCUCAGGAAGGAAUAACUCUUUAUAUUAA